AUGCCUUCAACUCCGUCCAACUACAAGUCCGUCCACGACAACCGUUUCCAUGGUGAUGAGGAUCACGAUCUGAGGUCGGAUCUUUCCCAAGGGGGCGGAGAUGAUGCGGAGCAUCCCACGUUCAUCCCCAUGUACACUCCUACUACUCUCCAAGCCCCAAGAGGACAUACGAUGAGACCUCGACCAUACGCCAUUGGACACAAGCUGGAUCUAGAGUUCGAGGGGCGUCACCGAGCUGAACGUGUGCAGAUCGCGGAGGUGCCGUGCGUUCGGUACUUGAUCGGUUGGAUCGCGAAGACGUUCGACUACAUCAACCACGUUAUUCACCGCUUCCGCUUUCGGUCUACGAGGGAAUACACGACGUUGGAGGUGACAUGCGACCUACGCUGUGCGGCGGCGAUGGUGUGUCGCCUAUUUCAAAAGAGGAUGUGGCUAGAAAUUAGUCAGCUGAAAAUUUUGUUUGAGGCAAUCCCGAUGCUAUAUUGUGGGCAGGAACUAAUCAACGAUAGGAUACUCAGCAAGAUGGGCGAAGGGACCUUUGGACAAGUUUUGGAAUGCUGGGACUUGGAAAACCAAGAAUCAGUAGCUAUCAAGAUUGUGCGUUCCCUGCAGAAAUACCGGGAGGCUGCUAUGAUUGAAAUUGACGUGCUUCAGAGACUUGGGAAGCAUGAUUUUACUGGUAGUCGUUGUGUGCAAAUACGGAAUUGGUUUGACUAUCGUAAUCAUAUAUGUAUAGUAUUUGAGAAGCUUGGACCAAGCUUAUAUGACUUCCUGCGAAAGAAUAGCUACCGUUCAUUUCCUAUUGAUCUUGUUCGGGAGUUUGCCAGACAAAUAUUAGAGUCUGUUACAUUUAUGCAUGACCUGCGGCUUAUUCACACAGAUCUUAAGCCAGAGAACAUUCUCCUUGUUUCACCUGAUACAAUCAAGGUUCAUGAUUAUAAGAUUCCUAUACGCCCACCCAAGGAUGGGUCUGUUUUCAAGAACCUUCCAAAAUCGAGUGCUAUCAAGCUUAUUGAUUUUGGAAGUACAACAUUUGAUCAUCAAGAUCACAAUUAUGUCGUGUCAACAAGACAUUACCGUGCCCCAGAAGUUAUCCUUGGUCUUGGGUGGAAUUAUCCAUGCGAUCUUUGGAGUGUGGGAUGCAUUUUGGUUGAGCUCUGCUCGGGGGAGGCUUUAUUUCAAACACAUGAAAAUUUGGAGCAUCUUGCUAUGAUGGAGAAGGUUCUAGGCCCCCUUCCCAAACACAUGAUCGCCAGAGCUGAUAGACGAGCUGAGAAAUACUUCAGGCGUGGACUAAGGCUUGACUGGCCAGAGGGGGCAGCCUCACGAGAAAGCAUGAAGGCAGUAUGGAAAUUGCCUCGUCUGCAGAAUCUGGUCAUGCAACAUGUCGAUCAUUCUGCUGGGGAUCUAAUAGAUCUUCUUCAGGGGCUUCUUCGGUAUGAUCCUGAUGAGCGUCUUAAGGCACGACAAGCUCUUCAACACCCUUUCUUUACCAGAUGCCACAGAAGAUGUGGUUACUGA